UUUUUGCUGGUCGACGUAGUUAGAAAAUUCAAUAAACAAUAAAAUUAAUUCCCGAUUUGAUUUUUAAAUAUCGCUCACUACUAACGUCCGUUGGAAUUUUAAAGAAUAUUCACGAUGAGCGUCUCAUCACUACGAUGCCAUCUAUUAACCUAAAAUUCGUCGUAGAGCAACAGUGUAUCUUAUUUUGCUUGAAUCUUGCUUGUUGUUAGAAACUGCGAAACGUGCUUUCGAAGUGACCCUGUUUCAUGUGAACGUGAAUAAUAAAAUAUAAUAAUAUAAUUAACAAGAAUUUCAUAGUAAUUUAUUGUUUUCGAUUUAAGCGUCAAUUCUUUAUCCUUUGAACGCUUGUCAUAGUCAAUGACGUUUAGAGCGAAUAAGGAAUAAAAAGAUAAAGAAUAAAAAUGAGUUUUACGUACAAUGCUCCAAAGUCUCAGCCCAGCACUACUCCCACGAGCACUGCACCAACCACAAGUACAUUUGCCUUUACAUUUGGAGCUACUGGCGCUGGAGAUGCAGCGAAACCAGCAGGAUUCUCGCUUACCUCUACACCAGCACAAAGUAAACCCGGUGGAGUAUUUGGCACCGGAUUGAGCAGUACUCCUAUUCAGAGUACUAGCUUUACUUUCGGAACAUCGGCUGUUAUUUCUGCAAGCACUGCAGUUUCACAAACUGGUUUAACAUUUAGUACUGGUACAACUGCCAGUACCGGGAUAACUCCUGCAGCAACUACCUUAAUAACAUCCACGGGAUUCGCUGCACCAGCACCAGUUGGAAGUGCCCUGAAUUUCAAUUUAGGAGGUACUACCACAAUCACAACAACAACGGUAGCUACAUCAGCCUUUGCGUCCAAGCCACUUACUGGUGGAUUUGCCUUGGGUGGUAGUGAAACUACUGCAUCCACUGCUGCAACUGGCCUAACAUUUGGCACGCCGAAUACAUUGGCAACAGGAACUGGAUUUAAUCUUUCUGCAACGCCUAUCGCAACUACUACAACGGCUGCAACUACAACAGCAUCAGGUUUUUCUUUAACUGGUGUGAGUAGCACAACAUCUGCAGUUACAGGCUUUACCUUUGGCACAGGAACGACUUCAACCAGCACAGCUGGAUUUUCUUUGAAUCAAACUGCUGCCACAGCAAGUCUCACAAGUACUCAAGUGUCAUUAGGAACAACUACAACUGUUACUUCAUCUGCUACUCAACCUCAACCUGCUUCUAUAAAUUCAUUUGAAGAAUCUAUUAAUAAGUGGACGAUGGAAUUAGAAGAACAAGAGAAAGUAUUUGUGAAUCAAGCUGAACAAGUUAACGCUUGGGAUAAAUUACUUAUAAGUAAUGGAGAGAAAAUAGUAGCACUUAAUCAAGAAGUAGAAAGAGUCAAAAUCGAGCAGCAACAAUUGGAGCAUGAAUUGGAUUAUGUUGUUGGCCAACAGAAAGAGUUGCAAGAUUGUUUAAUACCUCUAGAAAAAGAAUUAGCAUCUCUUUCAGUGUCUGAUCCAGAAAGGGAAUAUACGUACCGUUUGGCGGAAGAUCUUGAUACCCAAUUAAAACGAAUGUCAGAAGAUUUGAAGGAAAUCAUCGAGCACUUAAAUCAAGCUAAUCGUACUCAAGAUUCCAGUGAUCCGAUCGUUCAAAUUGGCAAAAUAUUAAACGCCCAUAUGAACAGUUUACAGUGGCUAGAUCAGCAAACAACUUUGUUGAAUCAAAAGAUACAACAGAUCGAUCAAAUGCAUCAGAAUUUCCGACAAGAGAACGAACGAAGCUUCAGCUUAGCAUAUAAUUAAUCAGUCACUGAAUUUUUAUAAUUGUACAAUUUGAAGCUUUUGAGCGGAAUGUACAUUUUGCAGCGAUUGUUUUUAUGCGUUAAAAAAAAAAAGAAAAGAAACUCAAAAACGUGUAAAAAAAAAUAAAGAAUUUAUAUUGUCUUAAAACAUUAUUGUUAAAGUUUAUACGAGUUAAGUAAACACGGAGGGUAAGAAAUACUGUAUUUUAACAUAAUCUGCUACAUGUAGAAACAAGUUAACCACCCUGUCUUGAACAAUAUUACAUUUCACGCCAUCAGGAUGCACUAUGUCCCAAGCUAGGAACAUGAAGAACUUUUUAAUGUCUAUAGUAGCUGAUACUUUGUCUUCCUGGUUUCGUUGACUGCUACUCCAAACUUGUAAUUCCUGAAAAUGUGUGGACACCGUUGCGCUAUCCGUGUCGACUUUUAAUGCAAAUACGCCAGUUUUGCUGGCCUCCAACGUUAAUCGUGGACUCAUGUUUUUCAUCCUUUCCACGAUAUGUUUCACGUGUUUAAGUUGAGGCAUAUCAACUGAAAUCUAAA